AUGGAUAAUGAAGUAUUGAUUACAAAUCAACCGAUUGUUAUUGAUAAUGGUUCCGGUAUGAUUAAAGCUGGUUUUGCUGGUGAUCCAAUACCAAAAAUAAAUUUUCCAAAUUAUGUUGGUCGUCCAAAACAUGUACGUGUUAUGGCUGGUGGUUUAGAAGGUGAUAUAUUUAUAGGACCUAAAGCUGAAGAAUAUCGUGGACUUUUACAUAUUGCACAUCCAAUGGAACAUGGUAUUGUACAAGAUUGGAAUGAUAUGGAAAAAAUUUGGACAUAUAUUUAUUCAAAAGAUCAAUUAAGAUCAGCAUCUGAAGAACAUCCAGUUUUAUUAACAGAAGCUCCAUUAAAUCCAAGAAAAAAUCGUGAAAAAGCAGCAGAAAUAUUUUUUGAAACAUUUAAUGUACCUGCUUUAUUUAUUUCAAUGCAAGCUAUACUUAGUUUAUAUGCAAGUGGAAGAACGACAGGUGUUGUACUUGAUUCAGGAGAUGGCGUUACACAUGCUGUACCUAUUUAUGAAGGAUUUGCUAUGCCACAUAGUAUACUUCGAAAUGAUGUUGCUGGUAGAGAUGUAACACGUUAUUUAAAAUUAUUAUUAAGAAAAGAAGGUUAUACAUUUAAAACAACAGCAGAAUUUGAAAUAGUUAAAAAUAUAAAAGAACGUGUAUGUUUUUUAUCACCAACAGUACAAAAAGAUGAAACAAAUCAAGGUGAUAAAUCACAAUUUACAUUACCUGAUGGAACAUCUAUUGAACUUGGUACAAGUCGCUAUCGAGCACCAGAAGUUCUUUUUAAUCCUGAAUUAAUUGGAGAAGAAUGCGAAGGUGUACAUGAAAUAUUAUCUGGUUCAAUUCAAAGAUCCGAUAUGGAUUUACGACGAACACUUUAUCAAAAUAUUGUUCUUUCUGGAGGCUCCACACUAUUUCGAGGUUUUGGUGAUCGUUUACUUGGUGAAUUAAAACGAAUAGCACCUAAAGAAGUUAAAAUAAAAAUUUCUGCGCCACGUGAACGUCUCUAUUCAACAUGGAUUGGUGGUUCAAUUUUGGCUUCACUUGAUACAUUUAAAAAAAUUUGGGUAACAAAACGUGAAUAUGACACUGAAGGUGCUAAAGUAAUUCAUCGUAAAACAUUUUAA